ACUCGUCUCAAAAGUCAAUCAGGAAACCCGGUGCUGACAUGGCGAUCAGUUUGUGACCAACCUCUAUAUUUCCACCAAUUUAUCAUCUCUGCCACCGCCCGAGCAAAAGGGCUGACCGUAACAUAUUACACGCCCGACAAUGACACACAUCAACAAAAAGUAUUACUUUCUCAAAGCUCUCAACGUGCCGCGUGGCACUCGCCCAGCAAACCUAGGUCAAACCUGAACAAAUAAACAGCCCUAUCUAACUGGAAAUUUGUGAAAAACUGACUUGCAGUAACCCACCGAAGCUUAGUGCUCUGCAGUGUUCACAUUUUCCCCUCUGUUUUCUGUUGUUCUGUUGAAAAGAUUUGUUUUUUCUUAAUCAACCUUGAUCAUUGUUUGCUUCCACUAAUGGAUUCUGUGUUUCUUGACAUCGGCUGAUCCAAACAACAUUGAUUCUGAGGCGGGAAUUCGGCGUUUUUUUUGAAGAGUUUUUGUUAGGAUUGAGAAAUCAAUAAAGCCGAAUUCCCGCCAUGGAAUUUUGGUAAGAUAAUAAGGUCAGAGGGUAGUAUGGAGCCAGCUAUGAGGUACUAGUUAGGAAGAGUACUUUGGUAAGGUAAUGAGGUCAAAGGAGGGUUAGGAGGAGUAAUUUGGUAAGAUAAUAAGGUCAGAGGAGGGUAGUAUGGAACCUCUAUGUGAUUUUUGUGGAGGGGUAAGAGCAGUAAUUUACUGUAAAUCAGAUGCAGCUCGGCUUUGCUUGAGCUGUGAUGGAUGUGUUCACUCAGCAAAUUUGUUGUCACGUAGACAUGCUCGUUCACUUCUGUGUGAGAAAUGCAAUUCUCAGCCUGCAGUAGUUCGAUGCUUGGAUGAGAAAUUAUCUCUUUGUCAAGCUUGUGAUUGGAAUAGCAAUAGUUGCUCAAGUUUCAGGCAUAGGCGAGAGGCCUUGAAUUGUUAUACGGGUUGUCCCUCUUUGGCUGAGUUUAGAAGAAUCUGGUCUUCAGUUCUUGAUGCUUCUUCUUCCAGUGCUUUUGAUGCGGGUCUGCCAGUCGGUUCUUUGCCUGCUAAUGACAAUUGCAUUAUUAACUGUUUGAAUCAAAGAGAACCAGGGGGAGCAUUUGGAUUGGACGGUACCAAGUUGAAUGAACCAGAUCCUUGUCCUAAGCUAGAGCCUUGGAUGGGGCCAUCUUCUCUGAUUCCAACAAAUGCAAAUUACAUGCCUUAUUGUAGAAAUCAAGAACCUCUUUUCUCAGAGGAGUCAAAUAUCUCAAAGGGAUGUUCUGACCUCAAAGAUUUCAAACUCCUUGAUGGUGAUGAUCUCUGUGAAGGUAUCAACAUGAAUGAUGUUCAGCUAAACUUUGAAACUGCUGAUGAGAUAUUUGGCUGUUCGCAAGGUCAAAACAGAUCCCAGUUUGAUAAUGUUGGAACAGAAGGCCUACUAAUGGAGAAAAACAUUACACUCACGGAAUCUGAUGUUCCUAUUGAGAAAUCAUUAGAGGCAUCAUCAUUAGGACAAAAGGGCUGCAUGGCUUUUCCUUGCUCACAAGUUGGUGGAUCAGAAAGUUUGAUGGCUGCCAUGACUGGCACUUCCAAUUGCAUGCUUAUGAAUCGUGGUUGUAACAGAAACAUCAAUCUAGGAUAUCCUGCUCGUCAAAUUCCUUCAACCAUAGCCCUGUCACUAUCCAACAUUGCAGGGGAAAAUGGCGCUGCUGAUUUUCAAGACUGUGGAUUGUCACCAGUUUUUCUAACUGGUGAAUCCCCAUGGGAAUCAAAUAUGGAAGCUAGUUGCCCACUAGCAAGGGACAAAGCAAAGAUGAGAUACAAUGAAAAAAAGAAAACACGGAUAUUUGGUAAGCAAAUAAGAUAUGCCUCCCGUAAAGCCAGGGCUGAUACUAGGAAACGUGUGAAAGGUAGAUUUGUGAAAGCAGGUGAAGCAUAUGAUUAUGAUCCUCUUGUGGCACGGAACUUCUAAGCCAUAUUAUGAAAUCAUGUCCCUGAUCUUUAAGUGCCAGAUUGUAGAUGUUGAUAACAAUCGCUGAUGAAAAUGCAUUAACUUAUGCCACAUUUGUUUAGUUAGUCUUGCUUGAUUCCAGAGAGGGGCAGUAAACAAUAUAUUCCAACUUAUAGUUACUGCUGCUAGAGAUCUAUUGUGCAGGUAGCAACCUCAAAUUAUUUGAGUUGUGGACACUUCAGCUAACUGAUCUCAUCUCUUACGAUCUAUGAACUGCCUCAAUUAUGCUUAUGUUCUAGCUCCUUAUGAUUGGCAAUUAUAAAGGACACAAAAACCAAAUGUCCAACCGUUGAAGAACCUUGACGUGACAAACUUUGGUGCAUAUUCUUUUGCCUUUCGCAAAUACUAAGACCCUCUUCUUGCUUUCGUCACCAUCUCCAUCUCUGUUGCACAAAUCCUUGUUGCAAGUCAAUUUUGGUUAUAUUAUGUGUGCUUAAUUCUCUGGUGCACCAGCUCCAUUCCAUGUAAUAAGCAUUGAUCCACAGUCAUCAAAUUGAAAUAAGGAGUAGCACUGUCAGAAAAAUAAAUCAUCAUUUAUCCCUUUGAUUUGUUGCA